AUGUUGAGCGCCACUGUCAAACAAUGCUCCAUAUGGCUUUUUCUGGCCACCAGUUUCUCUCCUGCCUCUGCGGGGCUGAGCUCAACAUCUGGAUCUCUGGGUUACCCAGCUCGGGAGAUUGCUGGGGUCUCUGUUAUUGACACGCCGCUCGUUCGAGCGGCCGAGGACUAUGCGAUCAACCAUAGCAGCCACGCUGUAUAUAAGCAUGUGAUGCGGUCUUGGCUAUAUGGAGUGCUCAUGAUAAACGCGAACGAGACCCUGCUUAAUAAUGUGGACCUGCAGAUUCAUGCCGUCUCAACACUCCUUCAUGACCUUGGUUGGUAUAGGGGCAACUCAUCCAUCAUCAGCCCUGACAGACGGUUCGAGGUUGAUGGAGCAAUUGCUGCGCGUGACUUUAUCCAAAGCCACGAGGAUGGGAAAGACUGGGACGAGCGUAGGGUGCAGCUUGUCUGGGACGCUAUUGCGCUACAUACCGAGCGGUCUAUCGCCUAUUUCAAAGAGCUUGACGUUCAGGUGGUAUCUAAAGGGAUUCAAUUGGAUUUCUCCGGGCCAGCUAAUGGUGUCGCCGAGGAUGAUUACCUCGCGGUCACUCAGGCCUUUCCGAAAGACGACUUGAAAGACUCGGUCAACAACACUUUUAUUUGGCUCUGCGAAACGAAGCCUGCAACUACUUAUGAUACUUGGAUGCAGCCCUGGGGUGACAAUCAUGUGGAAGGCUAUAGUGCGGAUGGCAAGCGAAGAUACGAUAUCAUUUUCAAGAACUUGAAUCCUUAG